AUGUCGGAUCAUGAGGACCCUGGAAAAAUGGGGGGCCACUGGAACAUAUCUGAGAACUAUCAAUUUAACCCGGCUAGUGUCAUCGUGUCAGUGGUCUUCUCACUCAUCUUCCUGCUGGGCACCAUAGGUAACAGCCUGGUCUUGGCUGUCCUUCUGAGGAAUGGUCAGAUGGGUUACAACACCACCAACCUGUUCAUCCUCAACCUAAGCGUGGCCGACUUCUUCUUCAUUAUCUUCUGCGUGCCCUUCCAGGCCACCAUCUACUCACUGGAAGGCUGGGUAUUUGGCUCAUUCAUGUGCAAGGCUGUCCACUUCUUCAUCAACCUUACCAUGUAUGCCAGCAGCUUCACACUUGCUGCUGUCUCUGUUGACAGGUAUCUGGCCAUUCGCUACCCACUUCGAUCUAGGGAACUUAGAACACCCUGUAAUGCAAUAGUUGCUAUGGUUGUCAUCUGGGGCCUUUCACUGGUGUUUGCCGGACCCUAUUUGAGCUACUAUGAUCUCAUUGACUUUGCCAACGGCAAUGUGUGUGUACCCGGCUGGGAGGAGUAUGACCGCAAAGUACUGGACACCUGCACCUUUGUGUUUGGUUAUGUCAUCCCUGUGCUGAUAGUCAGCCUCUCUUACACCAGGACUAUCAAGUACCUUUGGACUGCUGUGGACCCACUGGAUAGUAUGACUGAGUCCAAACGGGCUAAGCGUAAGGUCACUAAGAUGAUCAUCAUUGUCACGGUACUGUUCUGCAUAUGCUGGCUCCCCUACCACAUGGUGAUCCUUUGCUACCUGUAUGGGGACUUCCCCUUCAAUCAGACCACCUAUGCCUUCAGGCUGCUGUCCCAUUGCAUGGCAUAUGCCAACUCCUGCCUCAACCCCAUUGUCUAUGCACUGGUCUCAAAGCACUUUCGCAAAGGCUUCAAGAAGGUAUUCAGCUGCAUCCUGAGCAACAGCAGUCGGAACAAGGUGCACGUUGUACAUGUGGCCAAUGCCACACCUGGGUUUGAGGGCGGCUCCACCGAGGUAUCCCACAUGAAUGACGAAAAUGCCUGUCAGAACGCUUGCGACAUGGGGGCCCAACCCCUAGCAGUAGCUGAAGAUCCUGAACAGAGGGGUUCACUGCCUUUUCAGGGGCCAUCAUGA